AGACAAUUGGCUUAAUGCAUAGGCACGAUGACAACAUCUCAUUGUUUCAGCAGGUAAUCGACCACGGACUUUCUGAAAUGCAGAAACAAAAGCCUCUCAGCAGCAUUCAGCAUGCUCACACACACACGAACACGUUCUGGCAUGCAAGGAAAGAAAACCCUCGACCCAGGGAUGGAUGAGGACACCGAAUCGAUCCGG